UCUCUGAUCACGUUGUGUUUAUUCUCUGGUAUAUUCGAAACAUGGAUAUGUUUUGCUACCAUCUUAAUUAACACAAUAUUAAAACUCGAUUGAGAAGUAUGAAUUAUUUUUACUCUGGACUGAUUAUCCAGAUAAGCACUGUUUCUUUGUUUCACAGUGUACAGGGGUGUCCUUCCGGAACAUUUGGUCGAGAGUGCAUGUUUACGUGCCAUUGUACGGAUGGAGCUGAUUGUGACGACACUUCCGGGUACUGUGACACAGGGUGUGCACAUGGAUGGUAUGGGAACUCUUGCCAGCAAAAAAAUGCGGCAUAUGGGCGCCCUACGAGUCAAAAGAACGGAUCAUUCUCCCAGAAUGCAUCAUUUGCCGUUGAUGACGCCACAACCACUUGUUCCUCAUCACAACCAACCGUUCCUGGAUGGUGGAUGGUAACACUUAACGAUGUAACAUAUAUCAAAACAGUUGUUAUUAAAGGCGAAUCAACUACUGAUAUCAAAGGCUGGAGAGUGUAUGCUGGCAUGGAUGAAAACCGAAUGUCAAUGACACUGUGUGCUACAGUUAGAGUGUCCGGGGAUGGUGCUACUAUAGCAUGUGACGAUGAUACUGUGGGAAAUCACGUAAUGGUUGUCAACCGCCAAGGUCCAGUUGUUCUUUGUGACUUUCACGUUAAAGUUUGCUCUCCGCAAUGGUUCGGGCCUGGUUGCGACCACGUUUGUAACUGUGCAGAUCAAGAGGAAGUGUGUGACAGUUUGUCCGGUGCUUGUAAGACCGGAUGUUCCGCUGGAUGGACCGGCACCGACUGCUAUACACCUUGCACUGGAAACAGAUACGGAGAGGAGUGUAAAUAUGGGUGUGGAUUUUGUGCAGACGACAAACCAUGUAACCACGUGACAGGCACGUGUCAAAAUGGCUGCAAAUCAGGUUGGACGGGGAUGUUCUGCACACAACAAUGUCCUGUUGAUACGCAUGGACCAAAUUGUGAGAACAUAUGUGGACAUUGUUACGGAGUUGAUGCAUGUGACGUCAUCAACGGAAGCUGUCUUCAUGGAUGUGAGCCAGGCUUCACGGGAAGAACGUGCACUGAAGAAUGUCCUACUGGUUGGUAUGGUACUAACUGCAGUCAGAAAUGUGGACAAUGUGUUGAAGGCUCUAGAUGCGAUCCAAAAAUUGGGGUUUGUUCCAAUGGAUGUCACCCUGGAUGGCAAGGCGUCUUUUGUUCACAAGAAUGCCCAAUAGGUUCAUAUGGAAACAACUGUAGGGAACGAUGUACCCAUUGCCAUGGUGACAAAUGUGAUACUGAGACCGGAAGGUGCUUAUCUGGAUGUGCUAGUGGUUAUAUAGGACAUAACUGCAGUCAAGUUUGUCCAGAUGGGACCUUUGGUAUCAAUUGCACCAAACAAUGUGGCCGUUGUGCAGAGGGUGAAGGUCGUUCAUGUGACGCAAUAUCCGGCAUGUGUCAAAAUGGAUGCCUGCCUGGUUAUAAAGAAGAGGACUGUUUAGAAAUGUGUGGCGAUGGAUAUUAUGGAACCGGAUGUCAGAAAUGUGGCGUCUGUUCCCCAGGAACAACAUGUGACCCUUUCACCGGAAAAUGUCCGAAUGGAUGCGCACUUAAUUAUUUUGGUGACAUUUGUAACCAGACCGAACCAUUUACUGAUGAAAAUGGACCUCAACUUGCAAUAUUUCUUGGAUUUAUGAUCACGACAGUGAUGUUGAUCAUGAUUUCUGUUACUACAUGCCUAGUGAUGAUAUGGCGUCACGAGCACCUGCCGGAAAUGUCUCGCAAAAGUUCGUCUGUUGAAAAAGAAUUGCCUCUGCUUGAUAGGAACGGUUUUGUUUCUGAUGGAGAAGAAACUGUGAUUAUUUAAACAAAAAUAAAAUAGUUUGUAAACAGAUGGAGAAACUACAUAUGUAAAUAUAAAUCAUUUGUUUUCGCCUUUAUCGAUGUAGAAAUACCUAAGUAAGAAAACAUUACUGCUGAUUAUGACAUUUUUUAUAAAUCUGUGAGUGAUGUCUUGACUAAACUUAUAUGACUUUGCACAGCUAAAAGCACCAUAGAUAUAUUAUAUAACAGCUUAUUCUGUUUUAUCAUAUACCUAUAUGAAUUCUGUUAAUCCAGAGAUUCGAGCCUGCGAGCAGUGGGUUCACUUCCCAGGCCGUUGUGAAAUAAAUUCUCCAGAAAAUUACACAAACUAUCUAUUUCUAUUUCACGUAUGUAUUUAGUUACAAAAUGAGACCGACCCCAAGUCCUUUAUGAUAUAUCUAUCAGGAAAACGAGUGCCUUCUUGCUGCAAGUCCCAUGUACAUAAAAAUGCGGCAGAACGAAACGGUACGAAAACAUCUACUAAAAUAUAGUUGUCAGCCGAGCAUGGGUCAAAUUCAUUAGCCCUUACUAACAAUUUUUUCUUGACGAAAGUUAUUAAAAGGUAUUUAUUUCUCUUUUGUCAUAUUAUUUUGCCCCUGAUUUUGCGCAUGCGCAUAAGCGCCGAAAAGAUUGCCAUGGAAAUUCAACGAAGAUGGUUUUUAAUUUUAAAUGAUUACUGAAAGGAAUCCUUCCCUUAUUUGACUUUUUAUU